AUGCUGUUGACUCUCGAGAACGUUCCCUUUCUCCUGCUCGGCCUUGCCGUAGCCUACUACCUCCUGCCCUACCUACAACGGUCGCAUCUACGUGACAUCCCCACUGUUGGGUUUGCUGCAUUCACCAACAUUUGGCUUCUCCUUCAAGCCCGCUGGGGUAUUAAGUAUAUUUCUAUCGACGACGCCCACAAGAAGCAUGGAAAGUUUGUGCGCAUUUCGCCCACCCAGGUCUCUAUUGCCGAUGAUGCCGCUAUCCAGAGCGUCUAUGGACAUGGAAACGGUUUCUUGAAGGCUGACUUCUACGAUGCCUUCGUCUCUAUCCGCCGUGGCUUGUUCAACACUCGUGACCGUGCCGAGCACUCCCGCAAGCGCAAGACCGUUUCCCAUACCUUCAGUGCCAAGUCCAUUGGACAGUUCGAGCAGUACAUCCACGGCAAUGUUGAGGAGUUUGUGAAGCAGUGGCAGAAGAUGUCUGACCUGCAGGGUAACCCUAAGACUGGAUAUGCUAGCCUUGAUGCUCUCAACUGGUUCAACUUCCUUGCUUUCGAUAUCAUUGGUGAUCUCGCCUUCGGUGCCCCCUUCGGUAUGCUUGACAAGGGCCAGGAUAUUGCCGAGAUGCGCAAGGACCCCAAGGAUCCUCCCAAGUACGUCGCUGCCGUUGAGGUUCUGAACCGUCGUGGAGAGGUCUCCGCUACUCUGGGUUGCAUGCCGUCUCUUAUUCCUUUCGCCAAGUGGAUCCCCGACCGUUUCUUCAGCGAAGGUAUGGAAGCCGUUGAGAACCUGGCUGGUAUUGCUAUUGCCCGUGUCAACGAGCGUGUCAAGCCCGAGGUCAUGGCCAACAACACUCGUGUUGACUUGCUCGCCCGCCUUAUGGAAGGCAAGGACGGCAACGGAAACCAACUUGAACUCGCUGAACUCACCGCCGAAGCUCUCACUCAGUUGAUUGCUGGCUCCGACACUACCUCUAACACUGCCUGCGCUAUCCUGUACUGGUGCAUGCGUACCCCACAUGUUCUUCCCAAGCUCCGCAAGGCCCUCGAUGAAGCUCUCCCCAAGGACAUUGAAGUUCCCACCCACGCCAUGGUCAAGGAGAUCCCUUACCUCCAAUGGGUCAUCUGGGAAACAAUGCGUAUCCACAGCACCUCUGCCAUGGGUCUUCCCCGCGAGAUCCCUGCCGGUGCCGCUCCCGUCGAAAUCUGUGGACACAUCUUCAAGGCCGGUGAUGUGCUCUCUGUGCCUAGCUACACCAUCCACCGCUCCAAGGAGAUCUGGGGAGCCGAUGCCGAAGAAUUCGUCCCCGAGCGCUGGGACCCCAAGCGUCUCAGCGCUCGCCAGAAGGCCGCCUUUAUCCCCUUCAGCCACGGACCCCGUGCCUGUGUCGGCCGCAACGUCGCCGAAAUGGAACUUCUCGUUAUGGCCGCUACUGUCUUCCGUCUGUUCGAGUUUGAGAUGCAACAGGAUGGCCCCAUGGAGACCCGCGAGGGUUUCCUGCGCAAGCCCCUUGGCUUGCAGGUCGGUAUGCGCCGUCGCCGCGUUUGA